UUCUUGUUUUCAUUCAGCAUCAGCUGGUAUCAGCUUCAGUUACUAUUAUUUCAAUAAGAUUUAUUGAUGAAAGUGUAGUGGUUUAAUAGUAUAAAUAAGUGAUUUAAAAUGCAGGAUUCCAUGAAGGAUUAUAUUCGUAUCACAACCAAUACUAAGGAGGAACCCAAAAUAAAGAAAGAGAACCUUCCAACUUUAGAGCAUAAGAUAAAGUGUGAAAAUUAUGCUCAGAGAAUUGUGCUAUUCUUAAUUGAAGGCAAACAUAAGCCAGAUCCCUUCAUGUGGAGUUUAAAUUUCAUUGACCCCGAGAAUUACCAAGAUGUUGUGGAAGAACGAUCAGUCACCAAAUUGUGUGGAUAUCCUCUUUGUGGAAAAAGGAUUCCAGAUAUGCCAAAUAAGCAAUAUUACAUCUCAACAAAGAUGAACAAGGUUUUUGAUAUCACUGAAAGGAAAAACUUUUGUAGUAAUUACUGCUAUCAGGCAAGCUGUUUCAUAAAAAAUCAAAUUGAUACAAGUCCCUUGUGGCUGAGAAAACCAGAAAACUUUCUUAAAUACAAAUUGAUGGAUGAGCAAAAAUUUUUAUCUCCAGGCAUUGAAAUUGAUCAGGGUAUUGUGAAAGUGGAAGAAAAGGCUUUCACAUCAGUGUCCAGUUUUACUGAGGCAUGUUUGGAUGAAGCCCAGCAAUUUGAGAAACUCAAUGAACCAGAUUUUCCAGAUUUCGAAGAAACUGAUAUAAAUUUAAAACCCAAAUCAAUUUUGAAGUCAAAAAUUAAGGUUGGGUCUAAAUAUAAGGGUGGUGAGAGUGAGAAAACUGAUGUAAAUAAGAUAGCAGAAGAAAUCGAAGAUAAAUUGGUUAUUGGCACUGGGAACGCGGAUAAGAAGAAGCAUGUGAAGUUUUCGAAUCUUUCAGAGACCGAGAUGGAUGCAAAACCGUCGGGUUCAAAAACUCGAAGUCAGAAGGAGAUCGAUGAUCUGAAUGAUAGCAUCGCGCAGAUUUGUAAAACGAUAAAAAUCAAAUUGAAAACAAACGAUAAUUUCGGUGACGUUCAAAUGAAACCGGUUCAAUCGAUUUUGGAAAAGGAUUUGGAGGAACGGACUAAACCUAUAAUUUUGGAUAAUGCCAAAAUCGAGGAAGCUGUAGCUAAAGUGAACUCUUCCGCUAAACACAACCAGAGAAAACCAAUUUUGAUAGAAACAAAAUUGAAUCCGGAAGUUAGUGCGAAUAGGGAGAAGAUAAUGUUUUACAUGAAGAAUACGCCGAAGGAUGUGUUGAUAAAGCAGGACUUGCCUAAAUACACGAAGAAAAUCAUCGAGAAAAUUAAAGAUCCGCAAGAAGAUGUCGGCGCGAAGAAUGUUAUUGAGAAAGUAAAGAAAAUGCGGAGCGGUGUAAGUAAAGUGGACGGAGAUUUGCAAAAGGUUUUGGCCAAAUUGAAAAGCAAAGAGAACAAGUCGAAAUCUUCGAUUCUGAUAACCGCCGUUAAAAACCCGGAGGCUCCGAAGGCUAAGAAAGCGGACAUUAAAGAUAGUCUGAAACCGAACGACGAGAACAUCGAAUCUUUCAAAAAGAUUUACAAGAAAUGGCUGACCAUUGAAAGUUUCAUUUUUUUGCACGGCGAGGAUAAAGUCAAAGCGACGCUAAACGAAGAGAAGUUGAAUGAUUAUUUUGAAAAUCUGAAAAUCGCCGAACUGGAGACGGCACAGCAAAUGAAGUACAUGGCGAUCUGCAAGAAAAUGCAUCUCAAGGAAUUGGCGGAGGAGCAGUUCGAUAAUUCCAUGUUGGAGAGGAGCACGAAACCGCCUCCUGAUUUCGAGCAACUGAAGAGUGAUAGCAAAGAGAUGACCAUCAAGGUGAACUCGUACUUUUCCGGUGGAAUGUACGAGAAGGAGGAUACGAAUUUCCCAAGUAAAACCGAAGGCGAGGAAGAUAAUCCUGCCGUUUUGCCUCUUGCGGACGUGUGUUCUAGGAACGCGAUGAGGAAGAAGAUUUUCCUUAAUUCUGCAAUGAAAUACAUCAAUCAGCACGCAAAGGAGUUAGGAUUGGGGGAGUGCGAGGCGGAAGAUGUUCAGUACUUCUUGGAAACGUUCAAAUUGGAAUCGGAUAAUGUUGUGUUCAGGCCGAGGAUGUGGAGCUUGAUCGCAGUCACUUUUAUUUUCGUAUUGACCGUCAAGGAUGAGGCUUUGAAGUCCAAGUUACGAUCCACGGAGGCUCUAAAUUACAAACGCGCUCUGUUCGAACAAACGAAAGACUGCGAUGCGUUCCUAUCAGACAUCGUUUGUUUCUUUGAAAGUAUCGAUUCAUUUGUAAGGCAAUUCAUUACGAGUGAUCAAUAAUUGCA